AUGGAAGACGGAGCUACGGGCGGUUUCGGCCCAGAGCCGUAUGAAUAUUCCCCCAAUGAUGCGAUGCCGGAUUCAGCGUACUACGACAAAGCGGGAUUCUUCAACCGUUUAUUCUUCUAUUGGGUGCGCUACUGGGUUAACAAUGUGCGGAAUGACUCGUUUGACAGCGAAAGGCUGCAUCCAUUGCUAAACGGGGAUCAAAUCGGCGCGUGGCAAUCGCUGUUUGCAAAGAACAUAAGUGAUGGGAUUUUGCGGGCCGAACAGAAGCGCCAUGAUGCAGUACUCGCCAAUGGAGAAUGCGACAAAAACAAAUUGUACCGAAAUAUAAUCCUCCGAGCCCUCCUUUUGACGUUUGGUCGCCGUGUCGCACUCUUGCUGCUUGCAACUGUGAUCCUAAACGUCGGUGGAGUUGGCAUCUCUAUGCUGCUGAAGGUGAUGCUUGACAAAAUGUCGUCUACGAGUGGUGCAUACGGAAUGAUAAUUCGUUAUGCCUUCUACAUUGCCAUUAUAGAGUUGGCGUCGUCCUUGUUUGAGCAGCAUGUCAUCUUCUACAAUUGUCGUCUGGAGACUAUUAUGGAGUCUGCGAUCUCAAUCACUCUAUUUCAGCACGGUAUGUGCCACCGUCGUGCGUACGCGGUGACUACAGAUGGCCAAUCGCAGUUGUCUGCAUGCAGGGGAGUUGUUCACUCUUGGCCGUGCAAGAAUGAUGAAUGUGCGUCAAACCCACUGUUCUGUCCGGCGAGGAGGUACCAAAAUAAGGAGAUGGCGCCUAGCAUGUGCACAUAUGUAUUUUUGGAUACCUAUGCAUUGAUGUCACCUCUUGAGGCGUUGGUCAUCGGAGUGCGAUUUUUGACGACGCUGAUAACAGCGUUAAUUAUCAUCCGCACUCAAAUAAGCACCGACGUGGCAAAAACCAUUAUCAUUUUGGUGUCCAUGAUCCUUUUGACGGGCGUGAUCGAGGUAGUCAAUGGGCACGUGUACCUGCACUCGAUGCAGUCCAAGGACUACCGCUACUCGAAAACGUACGACGUGCUUGGAAACAUCAACUUGGUACAGACUAUGGGCCUAGACGAUAUCGGUUACAAAAUCAUAGAAGACUCGCGGAACGAUGAGGUGUCGGUGCUGUUUACACGUUUGACUCUGACUGCAUUCAACAGAAGUACGAUGAUGACCAUAGGUUGUAUUGUAUUCUUGGUGAUACUGCUGGACUACAUCGAGACCCUCGAAACAUCUCUGGGAAAUCAGCCAUUUGAAGCCGGUAUUCCCAUAACGCUCAUGUUUAUUGUGGGCAAGAUUACCAAGGCAACCGAAAAUUUGCCCAAGACCGUGAAGGUCGUUGCAGAGGCUUGGGCGUCAAUAAUACGUGUUGAGAAGUUUUUGACCACCUGUUCACCAAACUAUUAUUUGACUUGUAAAAACAAACCGCAACCUAUGGACUACGCCAUGACAUCCGUAGCGUCGCAGGAUGGUACUAGCCUGGAGCAAGAUGUGGUCGUUAAAUAUGAAGGUGCCAGCUUCGCAUGGUUCCAUACGAUCGAAGACAGUAUGGAAGAGGUGCCAAUAAAACCUCCCAUAUUGAAUGACCUAAACUUCGAGCUGAAGCGUGGCGAUGUGAAGAUCAUCACCGGCAACCAGGGCUGCGGCAAGACGAGCUUCAUUAAGUCGAUUCUUGGUGAUAUGAGUCUGGUAUCGGGUAGCAUGGCGGUGGCACCGCUUUCCGCCGGUAUGCCCAUUUUCUACACAUCGCAGGAGGUGUGGCUGCCGAGCGGUAGCAUCCGUUCGAUCAUCACGUUCGGGUACGCGUUCGACGAGGACAUCUACCGGCAGGUGACGUGUGCGGUUGAGCUGGAGUCUGACUUUGCUUCUUGGGAGGACGGGGACAUGCGUGUGAUCUCCGAGAAGGGCUACUCGCUGAGUGGCGGCCAGCGCGUGAGGCUGAGUCUGGCGCGUGCUCUCUACGCGUAUCUGAUCUUCAGCAAGGCCAACGAACGCUUGGUCGGCGACCGGUGCUGCUUCUUGGUCUGUCUGGACGAGCCUUUCAACGGGUUGGAUACAAAGGUUGCGUCUUCCAUCGCGAGGAAUCUGCUGAAUACGGUUGAUGGUCUCUUGAUUCGUGACGAUGUGGCGGUUGUAUUGGCCAUAUCAAAAAUGUCUAUGGAUAUAUGUUUUAACAACUCGAAUUUGGACGACUUGGUGAAGAUUCCUGUGUAUCGUCUCGGCUCCAAAGGUUUGAGGAUGUGGGACAGCGUAGGUUCACAGGAUUUGCGCGAAAUCAGCGCUCCAUCCAUGGGUGAUGUAGCGAAUUCGGACCCAGGGAGUCUGCGCACGUACAGAUCUCUCACGUCCAUGCCGCCAGCAGUUAUGCGCACCAACGUAUACAGCGCAUCCGCUUCCAGCUUUUCUAAUCCCAGUUUCCAGUCGCAAUCUCCCACGGCGUCUAAGGAAGAUAUAGAGAAGGAGAAGGAACUAAACAGUGGGUCCACAUACAAGGCAUAUCGGGUUUAUUUCUAUUGCACCGGGUAUGUUACGUGCGUCCUUAUCUUGCUUAUGGUUGUAUCUGGUAUUGCGCUUGAGAAGGCAAACUCGAUAUUCGUCGCGUCGUGGUCGGAUUCGAUCAAAAAUUCGUCAGAUGCGGGAAUAAUGACCAUUGAUGAGGGCCGCGAGUUGUUGAAGAAACAUGAGCACACUGUGAACUUGAUCAAGGGGUUUUCAGUGUCAUACGUGGUUUUAAUAUAUUGUGGCACUAUUUUGACUGCUAUAGCCAGCAUGCGAUGUGCCAAAAAGCUUCACCAGUAUGCGGUAAAUUCAUUGUUUUUCAAGGGCACUGAUGAGCUGUCUUUGAAGAAAUCUUUCGGCGACAUAAUCACGCUGCUGUCGACCGACUUGUUUUACAUUGAUGAGAUUUUGGGUAGAACGUGUUUGCUGUCGGUGAUAUCGUUCAUGAGGUUGGCGAUCCAAUUCGUCACGAUGUGCGCUGCGGCACCUAUAAUAAUUCCGCUACCUAUAAUUAUGGUGGUGUACCUCUGCACGCAGGUUGUGGGAGCGCACAUAACAUCAUCGAACCGUUUGCAGUGCUUCAUGUUUAAAGCAAUUGCAAGAAUCAACGCAACAUUCACUGACGUUAUUGGGGGUGCGGCUAUUUAUCGAGGAUUCAGAAUGGAGUUCCAAUGUUUAGAGUAUUUGUAUGAGAGUUCCGAGUACUACUUCCGAACGCGGUUCUUAAAGAAAGUGUUUCCGGCGUGGCUUAUUAUCGUUUCAAAGAUGUUAACGUCGUGCAUUAUUUUUGUGGCCACGUUGUUAAUUUUAGCGUAUGCGCAUUAUACUGGGAAAUCCGUCCAGAUUGCAACAUUGGGUCUCAUCAUUACUCUUGCAAUGGAAGUCAAUUCUUUGAUCACGUCAUUCGUAUAUAACCACAGCCUCACUGAGCGCAUGAUGUGUUCGGUUUCUCGUUUUGAAAAACAUCUCCUGCAAGGAAAAAGUUCGUUGAACGAGAAGUUUGAAAGCAUGAACGAGACCGUUUUGCGUAAGGUCGGUGAUGAGGAUGAAUGGAACAAGGAGAGUUACGCCGCUCUGUUAAAACGUCGUAAGAGUGAGUUCCGCAACUUCGUGUUCCGUCGUUACCGUUCUGUGCUGAGCACGCUGUUUUACAAACCCCGGGUAGAGUUUUUGGACUGUGGAGAGUAUUUGUGUGGGGAGCAUGUUUCGCUAGAAUUGGAAAACGUUUCAGUUCCACAGCAGGUAUCAGCGACGGGUGAGAACCGUCGUUACAUUUUGAAACGUAUAACUGCAAGUGCCAGUGCUGGUGAUGUUGUUGGUAUCGUGGGCCGUACUGGCGCUGGCAAGAGUACGCUGUUGAGUGUGCUGCAGAAUAUAGCACCCGGGAGGGAGGGCUCCGUGUUGCUUGACGGCCGGGAGUUGAACAGCAUCCCUCGUAAGGUGCUGCGGCACAUCAUCGGCGUGUUGCCCCAGAUGCCUUUUGUGUUCAAGGGGUGGACCCUGCGUCGUUUCCUGGACCCGCGUAUGUUGCACUCCGACAACGAGAUCAUGCGUGCCAUUGAGUGCUGCGGCCUGCUCGAUAUGGUCAGAUCUCUGCCGGAGAUCGACCCGCUGGACGCCGUCAUGGUGGAUCAAAAUGUAGACCCAGGUCGAGGCUUCUAUCUCGUGAUUCCGAUAAUCAAGCUAAAGAGCCCAAGUGAGCAAUUACCCGUCUUGAGAAGAAAAUCAUUUGAGUCGUCGAAAAGUGACGAAAAUUCCAGUGAAGUUUUCUCCGAUUCACAGUUGCGCAUGCUAUCCUUUGCUCGACUCCUCCUCUACCGUCGAACGUACCGACUGCUGUUGAUAGACGAACCGCCGUCGGACAACUGCGCCUCCGGGGAGGACGAUGCGGCCAUUGUCCAUGCCGUAUCCACCAUUGACAGCAGCAUUCGUGUUUACGACCUUGUGCGUAUGUAUUUCAAACAUUGUACGACGUUCAUUGUGGCGCAUGACAAGAAUGCGCUGAAAUCGUGUCAACAUCUUUGGUACAUCGACAACGGCGCAAUAGUCCGCAAGGUGUCUGGUGCCAACAGUGUAGCUGAGUUUCUGAACUCGACAACCAACUAA